AUGGACUUGUUGGACGCCUCCGGACCAACCGCAACAUCCGGACUGCACAAACCGCCGUCUCUAUGUCCACCUCUCCCUCGCGUCCCACGCCGUCGGCUUAAUUUGACAGCCUUCCCGGACCACCACUGCCGUCCCCCCUCUCUUUCUCUACUCCUCCUCCUCCUCCUCCUCCUCCUCCUCCUCCUCCUCCAUCUCUAUCGCCAUGACGUCUCCCGCUGUGUCGUCUGUUAUGCCCGCCGCACUAUACACAAUUCUGAAGUACCAAGAAACACCAACGCCAUCAUCGUCAAUGCCAAUGAUGAGGACCUAAUCUAUGACUGCACGCACUGGGAUCGCACCUUCACUUCACACAUUGGUCUGGUCAGUCACUUGCGAAUCUCCCGCACAGAGACUGACGAACCAGUGCCUGGAGCACCAACCUACACUCGCUGCAUCCGUCUACACUGCUCACACUGCCCUCGCACAUUCAUGUACCGCAUGGGCCUAUUCGGCCAGAUGCGUGUCCAUGAGACCGGAAUUGGCCGCAGUCUAGACACAUCCAGCACACCCAUAAUGCUUAGCCCCACUAACGCUGCGCCUCUCAGAGCGCCCACCAAUAUCAGCUCCAUCAUCUCCAUCACUGAAGCUGAUACUGACACCGCCGACAUCUCAUGUUCACACUGUCCCCGCACAUUCUCCUUACGCAUCGACCUGGUCGGCCACUUGCGAAUGCAUCGCACAGCGACUGGCGAACCAGUACGUUCGAUAUCUGGUUCAGAAAAUAUGAAUUAA